CCUAAACACACAGCCCGCAGUGCAUUCCCCUGAACUGAAAAAGGCGGCCCAUCACGCUCCCUAUCCAACCGGAAGACGAACCCUAAUGAGCAGAGGGGGACGCUUACGGAGCUGGAGAAGGAUCACCAACCGUUUAUCUCAUUUCCUUCGCCGGUAGCUUCUCUAAACCUCAGCCGUUGAGUGUUUUCCCCCACACUACCUGCCUUAUCAUCCCCUUCCUUCAGAAAGACACGGACGCGAUAGAAGACAUACUCCGACCCUCUGCAACUCCAAUUGGCGGAAAACGACUGAGCCGAGAGAGGGAGAGCUUUUUUACUGCUUUGUCGUGAAAAAUCCUUGUCUGCAGAUCGAUUCUGGGUGCCUUCGUUUCUCCACUCCUCUGCCGAGAUCUGCCCCGAUCUAAUUGCUGUCUGCUCCGUUAUUCUGCAAUUCGUGAAUUCGCCCCCAAUUUCAAUUGCUCCCGAGAAUGCCUCGUUUAAGCCCCGAGGACAUAGAGGUGAUCGAGUUGUUUGAGUCUGCGAAAAAAGCCGGCGAUGCUGCCGUCGGCGACGACAUCUCCUCCAACGGUCCGGAGGUCGGUCGAUGCGUCGAUGCCCUCAAACAGCUCGGAGAUUACCCAAUUACAUACGAGAUUCUGGUCUCCUCUCAGGUUGGGAAACGACUGCGAGCUCUAACCAAGCAUCCAGUACAUCAGAUCCAAACCAUUGCUAGUGACUUGCUCGAGAGUUGGAAACAGUUGGUUGUGAAUGAGACUACUAGAAGGAAACAAACUGAAAAAUCUCCAACUGCAAGCGCUGUAAAAGUAGAAAAAUCACCAAAAGUUGGAGCAAUUAAAGUUGAGAAAGAACAAUCAUCAUCCAAUGGAGCAGUGAAAGUCGAGAAAGCAAAAUCAUUCUCCAAUGGAGCAAUCAAAGUCGAGAAUAGGGCUCGACCGGACACUGUAAAAGUCGAGAAGACACUAGUGAAGGAAGAGAUAAAAUCUCCCCAUGUCAAGAAACCACCACAGCCAGCAGCUAUUGCUCCUCCAAAACUCAGUUCUCUAGUAAGAUGCAAUGAUCCCUUGAGGGACAAAGUCCGUGAACUUCUUGCCGAAGCCCUAGAAAAAGUUGCCGGAGAGGUUGAUGAUGAUCUUAAGCACGAAGUACGUGCACGAGAUCCCAUCCGAGUUGCUGUCUCAGUGGAAUCGGCAAUGUUUGACCAGUUGGGGAAGUCGAAUGGGGCGCAGAAGUUAAAGUACAGAUCUAUCAUGUUCAACAUCAAGGAUCCUAAAAACCCAGAUUUGAGGAGGAAAGUGCUGCUGGGUCAAAUUAACCCCGAGAGGCUCAUGACGAUGACCCCUGAAGAAAUGGCGAGUGACCAGAGGCAGAUGGAGAAUAAACAGUUGAGAGACAAAGCUAUGUUCGAGUGUGAACGUGGCGGCCCGCCACAGGCCACGACCGAUCAGUUCAGGUGCGGGCGGUGUGGUCAAAAGAAGUGUACUUACUACCAGAUGCAGACCAGGAGCGCAGAUGAGCCGAUGACUACUUACGUAACUUGUGUAAACUGCAGCAACCGCUGGAAAUUCUGUUAGAACCGCCAUCUGGUUGGGAUUGUUUGCCUUUUCUUCUCUCUGCAACUUCUUCAUAAACAAAGCAGGGUUAGGUAAAAAUUGCAGAGCAGGGUUAGGCAGCAUUCUUAAUUAAUUUGAAUUGUGUCUUAUGAGAUUCAGAUUAGAAUCUGUUUCAUGUGAUAUCAUAGUUGUACUCUACGGUUUUCUGAGUCGAUUAGAUGCUUGGUCCUUUGGUUCUAUGUUAUAAGUUGUAACUGGAAUAAUUGAUGAUUGUGAAAAGCAGCCCGCUUGGUUGUAUCAGUGUAUUCUUGUAGACUGUAAGGAGCUCACAGUUGUUGUAGAGUAGUGAGUUUUGAUGGCAUAGAUGCAUAGUUGAUAGUAGCAAGCAUAGUCUUGUUGCUGUUGAAAUAACAAUAACGGGGAAGAGAUUGUGCCAUAAACUUCUCCAUGAACAUGGAAUUCUAUUAUAG